CGGCACCCAACGCAGGCCUCAUUACUCGAUUCCUCGACGCGAGGCAGAGCGCAAUUGAAACAAAAUAUAUCGCCGCAUCCUCUGCUGUCCCCACACACGGCGAGCACAGUCACCCAGUGUGCUGCUUCAAAAGCCCCUUCCGCCCCCUCUCUAGUCGCCGCGCUGCACCCAACGUCCUCUCGCCGCGCUUCCCACCCUGAUUCGCCAUCCGGGGGAGCUCGUCGCUCAGCCUUGUGGCCUCAACCUUCUAGGGUUGCCAGUCGCAGGCAGCUCAAGUUGGACAUCUCCAGAUCGCCCUCGCGGUGUUUUCCAGCACGCGGCGCAGUUAACUCUGGCGCUGCUGCGCAAUUGCACCUGAUCCUGAAGGCGGCAUGGCAACGGCGACACAGCUCAUGCCCUCGCCAACACAGGCCCUGAAGUCUGCGUUCAGCCCAUACACUGACUCCCCAAGCUCGCCGGCCAACUUUGCGCACGUCUUUUCAAAUAGGUCGUCAGGAACCACGUCCGACCAUCUGGUCCCGCCUCCGAGCCCAUACCCUUCCACCGUCGACCCCUCUCCAGUCGAUAGCAAUGGGACGAACGCAACUGAGAUCGAGGACGAUGCCCAGGUCAAUCAGGUCAGCGAGGACGAGAUGAGCGACAUGCGGUCGCCGGACAUGGAGGACAUCGCCAGCCCCGCCAGUCAGGCGAGCCAGGACAGCCAGGCCAAGCCGUCCAAGCUAGACACAGCGAUUCCUCCACGCACCCGGGCAGAUUCCGACGAUGCGCCACAGUCGGUCAUCCAUGCCCCCACCAGCUUCAAAACAUUCAAUCGCGUCUCUGUCUCGGCCGCCGGGUCCAACGAGACGCGGUCAGAUAGCACGGCAGUAGUGUCGCCACAGACACCAGAGGCAAAUAUGAUACCUGAUGAAAAGCACGCUUCUGCCACCUCUGCGUACACGUAUCCCCUUGAUACCGAUCUCCCACCAGCGGGGCCCGAGGAGCGAACCACGCCACGCGCGCAGACACGGCAGGAAGUCGAAGAUGGCAGUAAGAGACGGAGCAGAGUUAGCCUCAGUCUAGCAGAUAUUGCCGAGACAGACGACUACAAUACCGUCUCAGACGCAUCUUCAACAUUUCAAGACGAUGGCAGCGCAGCAUCCCAGUCACAGCAGAAUGGAUCGCCACCCAUUUCAAUGAGCACCCAAACAAUGGCCACGCAGACUAUGGGAGCGCAGACCAUGGGAGAAGCGUUGCAGAACAUUAACGAGGCGGAACGAGAGGUUGCUGCGCUAAGGGACGCCCUAGGCGAAUGCUGGACGUUGUGCAAUACAUUGGCAAAGCUCAGCCAAAACCAUCGCCAGCGCAUGUUUCACUAUUCUGGCGGACGAGGUGACGUUCAAGAGCAUGCCUGGCGAAGCUGUUGGCGGCUGUGCCAAAAACUCUACGAAAGUAGAAAUGAGGAUCACGCCAGCCAGGUCAAACCCACGCUGGAACUUUGCCGGGAUUUCUGCCAAGCCCUGUUCGAGGUUCGGCAACGGGGCGACGAAGCAGCUGAUUCGGUCUUGAGGGUCAGCUUUGAACUCAACAACCACCUUUAUAACGCCCACGAUCGGGCACUGCCGGAAGCCUUUCGGGAACGGACCCUAGACUUCUACUUGACCCUGUGCCACCGCCUGAUGAAGCAGCGAACAUCUUUGCCGGAAGAAACAGACGCUCUUCUUCAUGCUUGCUGGUCUCUUGCUGAGAUGUUGUUCAGCAUCCGCCAGAAUAGCCGCGACGGUAAGCCCGCGGACGAGGAGUUGCUUGGGUCAGCCAUCCAGGCCUGCUGGGAACUCUGCGACCUCUUCCGAGAAGGCUGGACUCAGGUGAGACCUGAGCGUGGGACUCCGCGGCCGUCUCAGUACACAUUCCCUGCCCCCGCUUCUGUGUCGCAAUCACAAAGUUCCUAUUCCGAACGGUCAGGCCGCUCAUCGAGCCUUAACGAAUCGUAUCACUCUGCCAUCUCUAUGAGACGUCAGCUCGUGAUGCAUCCCGAAACUCCAACCACCAUCUUCGACGAUCGCGAAGAGUUCUCUCCUUCAGAGGAGCCUAAUGUUCCGAAUAUACUGAUUCUAGGGCCUGAAGCAGGAGCUACUCGAACCCACGAUCGCUGGUCUUCCGCAGCAUCUAGUCUAUCGACUUACUCAGACGCUUCUCAAUCCGUGCACACAUCGUCAACAGCAACCGCGGGACGCGAAGACCCGAACCUCAUUCGCUUAAAGGGACUAAUUGUUAAGUCAGCCAUAAAUACUGGUUACUCUCGCCAAACACCCCUUCCAGACUUUGUCAGAGCUCUCCCUUCGAAUAGCUUCGGCACAAUACCUUGGCAAAGCAAGCUCUUCGAACAUUACAAGAAGCUUGUUCUAUCCGAUCCGACCUUGAGGACCGUGCACACCACACCGCUUCGGAGAUUGACUGCCAGCGAGAUAGGCAGGGCAGUGCAAUGGAUGGCAAGAAGUGAACAGUUUUCAUGGAUGCGGGACCUAUAUCGUUUCGUGUUUGGCAGCUUCCCCGAGGAUGCCGGGCAACGGAACCUAAUCAUUAACGCGUAGUCACGUACGCCACCUCACGAAGACGACGUUUACUCCCUUUUCUCUUUUCAUCCCGGCUUGGAUAAUGCGCGGCUAUUUUAGUGCUUUAUUUGCGAUAUACCCUCAACGCUCACUUCGGUGCGAAUGACUCUGUUGGGCCUCCUGUUAGAGUCGGCGUUCUACCGAUUUGGAUUAGGAUUUAGCGCGUGUUAUCUUCUCUUCUCUGUAUACUUUUAACUUCCACGAUUUUUAUGACGAGACAAUCGUAUAGAAUGCCUCUCAUUAAAUUCAUUGC